AUGGGAAACGACGAAGAUAUCUUGGAAGACGAAGUCCACUUGGCGGAUAAGUACCAAACCUUCUGCACCCGUCGUCUUCUCUUCUUCCAACCUCCCGCUUUAUUCUCCCUCUCUAUCUUUGCCUCUCUUUACUCCUCCUUCGUGUUGUCUUCUGUCGUUUUCGAGUGGACGCUCGUUGUCGUCCAAUUCCUCUCGUUCGACCUUGAGACACCGUUGGAGUCUCAGGGUCUCUCCUCCAGCGUCGGCCGUCGACCGUCGUCCGUCGUUCAUCGUUCGCCAUCGCCGUCUCGCGUGUAUCAACAACGGUUUCUUCCCGGCGUGGCAUCGUCGUUAUGCGUUGCGAUCUCUAAACCCUCGACCGAGCAUCUUCCCGUUGAAGGUCUUCUUCCGUCUGCUCUGCCCGUCAGAUGGACGUUGAAUAGGAUCAAAGACAGAUCCGCCGCUUUUUCCCUUCCUUUGAUUCAGGGGACCAAGAAUACACGGAUGGUCCCAGGUUAUGAGAAGUUGUUGCUUUUCUUGGAACUCUGCGUUGUGUGCGUGUCUGGCGCCCUGAAAUCUCUACUCAUCUCGCUCUUCGCUCUAUAUCCAGCUCUAUCAGCGGGCGUAUCCAUCGACUACUGUGCAAAGCUCAAUACAGGAUCCAAUUUCGACUAUGUCGUCGACGGCUUCCAAUCUAUCGGAGCAUGCCAGAAAACAUGCGGAGACAAAUAUGCAUUUGCCAUCCUGCAAGGGAAGACAUGCUGGUGCUCGAAUGCCGCCCCUGGAAACACUGUCUCGAACGAUAAAUGCAAUCAGAAUUGCCCAGGAUACCCUGACGAUAAAUGCGGAAGUGCCUCGCAAGGCCUAUAUGCCUACAUUGUUCUCGAUAAAAAGCCGACCACGACGAUAGGUAGCUCGUCUAUGACCACCUCGUCGUCGUCCACUAAAUCAUCCUCAUCAUCAGCUACCGAGACGCCCUCGGUCACCACCGUCGAGGGACAGGUAACUACAAUCACUGUUCCCAACGGACCAACCAAAACCAGCACUCCGUCUGAGGGUACAACCAGUUCUUCAUUAACUGGCGGUGCAAUCGCUGGAAUCAUCAUCGGUACGUUAGCUGCAUUCGGCAUCUUUGCAGCCAUUCUUUUAUGGUUCUGCUGCUUCCGUCGCCGCCAACAAACCAAAAUCGAUGAUGGAUACCGUUCUCCUUUCCAUGAAUCUCCAGUUCCCCAGCCUAUCUUUGAAAGUACUCUUAGCAGUCGUGUUCCAGCCAUGAGAACUACGCCAGUCAAUGGAGCGACCGUGGGUAGAAGAGGCAGUACAGCUCGCCUUAGUAUCCCUGCCUUCACCGACCAUCGAAUGAAGAAGGAUGCAAUGGUCUACGCCAACGGAGGUCGUCAUAGCAACGUAUCGCUUCAGGAUAAUCAGGACUAUUCCCGUCCCGUAUUGCGAUUGACCAACCCUGAUCCGGAUGACCGUUGA